GAGUUCAAAUGAGUGUACCCGCUCUGUCUGUAUUGGGUGCAGAUGUGAUUAAAUUAGCACUUUGACAAAUUUUUGUAAGCUGAAUUGUUAUUUAAAGUAGGAGUAGCCCUGAAGAGAUUAUUCCUUUUGAUUUACAGGACUUUUUACUGUACUUUCACCUGUUUAUCUUUUGGAUCACAUGGUCAGGAUGUCAAAAAGUUCAAGGGUAAAGUGCAACAAACAACCAACUUGUGCAGAUCCAAUGCAUUGAACGCCCCAUUGUUUGACUCCUGCCGCCUCUCCUUUAUUAGUCAUGCACAAUAACAAGCAAAUGCAGCAACAAUUGUACCAAACACGUGACUGACUGUACUCGUCAUAAGUGCAGAAUACUGCUUGGUCUUUUUCCCCGAGCUCGUACUCUUAUCAGGUAAAAACACCGCAAAGCGUUCCCUUAUCAGCCACACACCACCACCUUAAAGAGGCCAUCCCAUUGGCUGUUUUUUUUAUCUUGUCAGAUGACUACAUGGACAUAAAUGCAUAUCCUGCAUAGAACAGUCAGGAAAAAGGAUGACAAAGUUUAUGUUGCACGCCAGUUGCGCAAUUUCCACUGGCGUGAGAUAAAGUAUCGGUAUUUACCCCUGGGAGGGAUACUCCAACGUGAUAAGGCGGACACCAUGAACUACGUGGGCCAGCUGGCGGGUCAGGUGCUUGUGACCGUCAAGGAACUGUAUAAGGGCAUUAAUCAGGCCACAUUAUCGGGCUGCAUUGAUGUUGUGGUUGUCCGCCAGAGGGAUGGCACAUACCAGUGCUCACCGUUUCAUGUGCGCUUCGGCAAGCUGGGCGUGCUACGUUCCAAAGAGAAAGUGAUUGACAUUGAAGUGAAUGGAGAGCCCGUAGUCCUGCACAUGAAGCUCGGUGACAAUGGAGAGGCCUUCUUUGUCCAGGAAUCCGAGCAGCAGAAUAUUGUCCCUGCCCACCUGGCCACCUCCCCAAUCCCCACCGAGAGUCACCUGUUCUGGAUGUCAGAGGUGGAGCACAGGGCAGCAAUAGAUCUGGAGGAUGACCACGCUGACCCGGAGUACCCCCAUGAGCCUCCUGCUCCCUGCACCAUGUCAACAAAAAAGAAAAAGAGACGGAGGAGAAAGCACAAGGGUGACCCCCGAAGAGAGGAGCUGACCCCACCCAUGUCAGUCACUACCGGCAACGCUGCUGUUUCUGCUAACGCACCCGCUGCUACGACUGCUGCUAUAUCUUGUACUGGGCAAAAUGAAGAGAUCUUCGAGAUAGAGAUGAGCUCUGACGAGGAGGCGGCAGCACAUGUCUCUAGGUCGCCGUCAGUGACCACAAUGCGUGACAUUGACCCCAAAUUACCAGCAGCGAGACACAACGUCGAUGGUUAUGCAAUGUCUGAUGGGGACUGGCCGGCAGAUAAAAGUCAUGGUUUGUCUCAGGCCUUUUCCCCAAAGAGUGACUCAGAACUGUUGGUCAGGCCUUCAGAGAGUUUGCUCAGAGCCGAGUCCCACAUGCAGUGGACCUGGGGAGAGUUUCCAGAAACAACCAGGAUCACCAAGAAAGAGAAACCAGAACCAUUGAAAACAGUGGUCAUCACCCCAUUAGAGAGCACCCACUUCCGCGUCAUCCUCAGCUCCGAGGCCAUGGAGAACGAAAUAGAUACCGAAAAGGAACACGUUGCCUCCUCCUCAGUGUGUACUAUUGUCAAGCCCGAGCCACGCACUCCUAUCACCACGGAAACACCACUGAAUCCUCUCGCAUCUGUCUCCACCAUAACCUCCGAGAGUCCCGUGACCCCCACUGAGCCCCUGGAUAUCCUGCCCCCAAAUGUGGCAACCUCCACCCCAACCAACAGCGAUUCACCCUCGAGGAAGAAAGGGGUCCCAAAGAGGAGUCAGCAUCAGGGUCCUGAGGAUAUUUACCUAGAUGACCUGAAUGUACUUGAGCCCGAUGUUGCUGCAAGAUAUUUUCCUAAGAGUGAGUCUGAGGCAGCCACAAAGCACUGGAUGGACUCUGAGAUGCGCUCUGGCUCACAGUCCCCUCAGUCGGUGGGCAGCGCUGCAGCUGACAGUGGGACCGAGUGUCUUUCUGACUCAGCCAGCGACCUCCCUGACGUCACCCUUUCUCUGUGUGGAGGCCUCACAGAAAAUGCUGAAAUAUCCAAAGAGAGGUUCAUGGAGCAUAUCAUCACCUAUCUUGAGUUUGCAGAAAAUCCAGCAAUUAUAGAUAACCCCAACUUGGUGGUAAAAAUAGGAAAUAGAUAUUAUAACUGGACAUUAGCUGCACCCUUGAUUCUAAGUCUACAAGCAUUUCAGAAGAAUUUACCAAAGGCUACAGAGGAGGCCUGGGUGAAGGAGAAAAUGCCAAAGAAGUCAGGCCGCUGGUGGUUCUGGCGAAAGAGGGCGGAUAGUACAAUCAAGCAGUCAGAAACCAAGCUUGAGACCAAGGAGGAGUCUCAUUUGGAAGAGGGGGAAGGGCCCUCCAUAUCCCAGGAGAAGUUGGCCUUACUACCUCCAGCAGGAGACUCCUCCAGCGAUGAGGAGGCCAAGGAAGUAAGCGCUGCAUCCUGCCAAGAGAGACUGCAGCCAAUCGAUGGCCAGCACCACCCCAGCCCACACACUUACAGGAAGUCACUACGCCUCUCCUCUGAUCAGAUAGCCAGUCUGAAACUGAAGGAGGGACCCAAUGAUGUGACGUUCAGCAUCACCACUCAGUACCAGGGCACAUGCCGCUGCGAGGGCACCAUCUACCUGUGGAACUGGGACGACAAAGUCAUCAUCUCUGACAUCGACGGCACCAUCACCAAGUCGGACGUGUUCGGACAGAUCCUGCCCCAACUGGGGAAGGACUGGACCCACCAAGGCAUUGCCAAGCUCUACCACUCAGUAGCUGAGAACGGCUACAAGUUCUUAUACUGCUCGGCUCGGGCUAUCGGCAUGGCAGACAUGACAAGAGGCUACCUGCAGUGGGUCAACGACGGAGGCACCAUUUUGCCCGGAGGACCUCUCAUGCUGUCUCCCAGCAGCCUCUUCUCUGCCUUCCACCGGGAGGUUAUCGAGAAGAAGCCAGAGAUCUUCAAGAUUGAAUGCCUUACAGACAUCAAGAACCUGUUCCAGCAUAACAAGCAGCCGUUCUACGCCGCCUUUGGGAAUCGAGCUAAUGACGCGUUUGCCUACAAGGAGGUGGGAGUUCCUGUGUGUAGGAUCUUCACUGUCAACCCCAAGGGAGAGUUGAUCCAGGAGCAGACCAAGAGCAACAAGUCUUCCUACAGCAGGCUCAGUGAGCUGGUGGAGCACGUGUUCCCUCUGCUGAGCAAAGAGCAGAACGAGGCCUUUGUUCUGCCAGAGUUCAGCUCUUUCUGUUACUGGAGACAGCCCAUACCGGACAUCGACCUGGACCAGCUGCUCUGAUCCAGCACAUGUGGAUACCCAGGUAUACACGCGACUAGACUGUGCACUUAAACGCAUCUCCAGGAAAAAAACAUGUGGACUGGACCCCCCUCCAACUUCCCUCCAUAGUUUUCAGACGCAACAAAACAAUGAGUGUGACACAGGAAACAGGGUUUGACCAGAAACACAAAAAAAGCUGUUGAACCAUAAUCACCCAUUAGUUAUGAGUAGAAGAACUGCAAAUCCUGUUUAAUAAAAAUAAAAUCUCAUCCCUGGGAGACAAGAGUCUAACCACGUUACUAAAUUAUUAUCGUUAUUACUUCCUCAUGCCUGUGAAGGCAGCAUAAUCCAACGAGCACUCUUUAGUCCCCAUCUCUAUGAGGAGUCCAAGCUGUUCGGAAGGAAACGUUUUCCGAACUCCCUAAGAAGUAAUAUUAAUUAUUAAAAGCAGAAAAAGAUGUUUAAAUUAACACAGGACUCUGUUCAUGUGCUGGUAAUAUUUCAGCUGUGGCUGCUGCCCAGACGCACGUAUCCAUCCCUUUAUUUUUAGUUUUAUAAAAAUAAAAGUGAUAGUGGCUGGCAAGUCUGCAGUAUCCAGGAACCUACUAUAGAACACUCAGGAGAGCUAACGCUGGUGUUCAGUUCUCUUGCCUCACACUCUGGACUCUGGUCAGACUUCAGUCAUCAGCCCCGGUGACGCCGUCGGACUCAAACCGAUUCCAGACGACCACUUUUUCCCCGGAGACGUUACGACCAUCUUCGUCAUGUUGGGUUUGUACUCGGGACUUUUGCCAACAAGUAUGUGAAGAAGUGCUGUUUAAAAAAGAAAAGAAACAAACAACAAACUAAAUGAAGCAGCUUCAUGAUAUAUUGUCUUACUGUCAUUUUAUUGUUUAUUCUGUUCAACAAGCUCUGGCCAAUCAAGUAUGUUUGUUUCUCAUUAUUUAUGAUAAUUGAUAUGUUUAAGUUAUUGAUUUCUAUCAUGAUGCCUUUUUUCUUUCUUUUUUUUGCAUGUCUGAAAACAAGACAUCACAAAUGCAACGUGGAAAUACUUCAAACUUUGUAUUGUGUACGAUUGGUCACAGGUUGACAUGCACUUAACAGCUACGCCCUGUGCGAACUUAUGACCUGUACUCCUCAUUUCAACAUGUAUAAUGGUCUCACACAUUCCUGAGCAAACCUCAGAAUCUGCAGCUAUAGUAUUAAAAUAUGUGAGUAGACGUAACUCUGAGUCGGAGCGAUGGAAAUGAGGAGAUCUACAAAGAAGGAUGAAUGAAGGAUUUUCCGUGUGCGGUGUGUUGCCUGUAGGAUGGCUACGGGAUGAUGCGUGCGUGUGCGUGUGUGUGUGCGUGUGCGCCCCCGCGUGUACCUAGUCACUGGGUGAGCGGCUGCUGUCGGGGUGACGGUAUCCUGCACCCUCCGCUUAUGUUCCCUCAGUGGCUCUACCGACGCACUUUGUCUAAAGCUGCAUCCAGAGACGCAGACUUCCAACUCAGCACACGUCUCACCCACAUCCGCUUCCCAGACCAGAGUUAUGCAACUUAUCACAGGAUGAAGGAGUUGUAGUUUUACCUCGUAGUUGUUGUGAGUGACCUUCGGAAACACCACGGACAAAUCAGCUAUUCUGAUAUAUAAUAUAUCUGAAAUGUGUCAAUGUGAGUAACCCAUGAAGGGCGGUGAGUGUUGGGGGGGGGGGGGGGGGGGGGGGGGGGGGGGGUUGUGAUGCAGAACAGACAUGAGAGUAGUAUCACAGCCACCCCUGUGUGUGUGUGUGUGUGUGUGUGUGUGUGUGUGUGUGUGUGUGUGUGUGUGUGUGUGUGUGUGUGUGUGUGUGUGUGUGUGUGUGUGUGUGUGUGUGUGUGUGUGUGUGUGUGUGUGUGUGUGUGUGUGUGUGUGUGUGUGUGUGUGUGUGUCGAACAGUGAAAAAGACUGAUUCUGUGCCUCCAGUGACCAAGGGAAGAGCCAUCGGGUCGUGUUUGGAGAUAAACAGGAAAUACUUGACCGUGCACAGGAAGCUCUUUGAAGCGAUCCGCCGUCGUCGUGUUGCGUUUGUUGUAGGAAAACAAUUGUGAUUGGCAGAUGUGCCGACCUGGAUCAUACCUCCUGCACAAAGUGUAUAACUCGGAUGAUGAUUUGUGCUAAAGAGCAUUGAAAAUAGGAAAAAGGAGCAGGAGCAAGACAUGACGGGGGGGAAUCUAAAAGCACAAUAGACUCUGUGGAGAUUGUCCUCUAGGUAUUGGUCAUCAUCAUUUGGCCGAAGUGUUUUCACUCUGUAUCGCUGAUGUUUGUUUGUGAUAAAUUAAGAUGCACGUUUUUUAUGCUUUUGAUUCGUUUUUGCUUGUUUGUUCUCUUAAGAAGUUUGGUGAAGUCGGAUGAAUCUAUCUUAUAAUUAACUAAAUGAAUUCCAUUCUUUCUAUGAAAGUGAAGCAUCUUGUGUGGAAGAAUCACACUUCACCCUCUUUGAUCCUGAGACACGUGGUGUAAAAUAUUGUUUUCACCGCUCGACUGCUGUGGGGAAAAACGUUCCAGUUCAUAUACUCAUUUAUCACAUUCUUCUGUCUCUGAUGCCUUUUUUUCUUGAUUGUUUUGUUUUAUUAUUCCUUUUUAAGAUAAACGAUGAUCUUUUGCGGGACAGUUUGCUUCGUUCUGUUUGGAGGUGAUGCUCAUUCUUUUUAAUGUCUGACCGACAGAGAUACCGUAAGUGUAUGCUGUGUUUGAUUUGUAUUGAGACGUGGUUGCAAAUAUGUUUAAAAAAAGAGAAUCCAUUGUUAAGAAGAAGAAGAAAUUCAGGCCUAAAUGAAGCUAACGGAGUGUGGCUUGUGGUCAUAUUUGUAUUAAAUAAAGUUUCUAAGUGAAUGAC